AUCGGCCAAGAUGAAGUCUGUGGGUGUUCCCUAGUAACCAAUGUUUUUGAUGAAACUGGGGAACUAUGUCGCGCUCCUAAAAGAAAAUGCGUCAAACAUUUUUGUUGGGAGAAAUUACGACGAGCUGAGAUUGAUAUGGAAAGAUUAAGAUGGUGGAUGGCUCUGGAUGAUUUAUUUGAAAAAGAGAGAACUAUCAGGAUGUCCAUGUCUAAUAGAAUGGGGGUGCUGGGAUUGAUGCUACAUCAGUCUGUGGACCAUGACCCUAUGACCCCUAUGACUACACCACAAAUUAGAGAUUCCAAUUAG